AUGGUGUGUGCAGAUAUGGAGAAUAUGUAUAUCAACACAAUCGCAACCUCUCUAAUGAGUGAAAUUCCUAGUUAUGAUGUAACGGCUUUGAAGGACAUACAUCUAAGGUUUUUGGUUGUGCUUGGAGUCCAAAAGGGUCUUUUCUUGCAUCUGGCAAAUAAUAUGGAGAUAUCUACCAUCAAAUGGAGUCCAACUGGUGCUGGUUCAAGCAAUACAAAUCAACAGUUGUUGCUGACAAGGUAA